UAAAUAUUAUAUUCUAGGUCAAAGAUAUUUAAUUUGAUUCUAGGUGGUAUUGGCACAACAUCCUUUUUUCACGUAUUUCUGCAAAAUAUUUUUUAUACUUUCGGACAUCCCCCUGUAUUCUAAUCGUAAACAAAGACAAGUUCCUUAUCUUAUUUCUAACUUACAAUAUUGUUAGUUACAAUUAAAUCGAUCUAGAAUUAUUAUAAAUCUAUUACCACAAUUGAAUUCUUAGUUUACUGUAAGUACUUUAAACGUUUCUUCAUUAAUUUGUAAUGAUAAAUAAGAUAUUGUAUAUGUAAAUAAUGGAUACCAAAAUUGAAACAUUACAUCAAAUAUUUGACAAAAUGUCUUAUGGUGAAAAUCUUGAGGACACUACUGAAGCUAGUGAAUGGCUUCAAUCCACAGAAAUACAAGACAAAUCUAAUGAUGUUGAUGAUGUUCUAAAAGGUAUAAAACAAAGUACAGAAAAAGUUCAAAAGCAACAUUUGAUAAGAUUAGCUCAAGAGAUCCGAGGAAAGUCCAAUGUAAUAGCACAAAUUGAAAUUAUACAACGGGGAGUGCUAUCAAAAGACACGAAAAAAUCGACGGAUAUUAUAGCACAGUAUUUGUUUUACUAUGCAAAUUUUAUUAAACGAAGCAACGAGAAAGAUAAAAAAGGAGAAUCCAAAGGAUUAAACGUAGCAGUUUUUGAAGACGAUAGCCCUUUAUGGCUUUUAGCGCUUGCCAUAAUACCAAGUAUAGUAUCAGGUUAUACAAUUUUAAUUCAAACUGGAAUUAAAUUUGCGAGGGUUGUAAAAUAUAUAUUGGAAUUAGCUAAAAAAGUGGGGAUACCUGAAGAAUUUUUUGUACUUGUCCCAAGUUGUAAUUGUUCGGUAUCAUCAAAAUGAUACCGAA